AUGUCCGUCUUCAAGCUUGUCUCGCAUUUUGAAGAAAUGCGGGGAAAAUCCUAUCGACGAUCAAAGAGCUUUUCCGCAAAAGACACACCCAAAAGGAUUCCUCGAAAUAUUUCAAGUCACAUUUUCUAUAAAGAUCAAGAUGAUGAUUUUGAAACGCCAAAGAGAAAUCGAAGCCACUUGGAUGAAAUCUACGAAGGAGUGACUGCCGACAAAGUUUCCACUCCUAAACUCUUGCCUGGAAACAUCGCAAACCAUGUUUUCUUCAGUGAUGGCUUCGACGCAACUCAACCGAUGAAAAGCAGCGCUUGCCGCUCAAAUGACUCCCACGAAGUGAUUCACCGAAAUCAAUCAGAAGAGAUUUUCAUUGAAAAGCCACAAAGAAAGACACCGGAUUUGUUUUCCUACAAAAAUCCCGGGCAAAUCUUCUCCGAAAAUCGCUCUGAGAGCUUGAACACAAUCAAGACAACCACAAGAGGAUCCAAAGCAUCUGUUUUGAAAGAUGUUUCGAAUACCCAACGAUCGAAGGAAAAUCUUGAUGAGAAACUGGCUGAUGUUUCCUUACAAGAUGUUGGUGGUCGUUUUGAUUCAAGUCUAUCACUCGACGAGAAACUCGAAGUGUUCUACGAGCAAUUCGCGGAAGAAUCGAAGGCUCUUCGUCGUCGCAUUUGUCUACUUGAGCUGGAGGUGAAAACCCUGCGUCUACGUUGUGAGGAGCUAGAGGAUCGACUGCAGAAACCCAAUGUAUCCGUUUCAAUGGUUGAUUACAUGAAUGAUGCUUUCUGUGAUAGUGAGAAACGAGAGGCAAAUACAACAACCAAUUCCUCAACAAUCUCCGCGAAAACGGGCAGCUCAUUGGACCAAGCAUUUAUCGGGGAUUCUGAGCUUCAUCUGUCCACUGACAUCUCCGAGCUCGGAUCUUCUCUCCUGAGAACAAAUCAAAGAGGGAAAAUCGACACUGCCAAAUACAUCGAGAUGCUGCUCUCAAAGGUGAGCUUGAAGGAA